AUGGCCAACUCAUCAGACAAGAUGCAGAACAAUGCUAAUUCCACUAGCACCGCAGAUACUUCUUUAGAGAUUGCAGUGAUUGGAGGCGGUAUUGUUGGGCUCAUGGUAGCCAUAGGUCUUUUGAAGCGUGGCAUAAAAGUUACUGUCUUCGAGAGAGCCGAAGAACUUACGGAGGUGAGCGCUGGCUUUGCAUUCACAGGCGUUGCCCGUGAAUGCAUGAAGCGUCUGGAUCCUCGACUUCUUGAGAUCCUUCACCGCAUCGGAGAAGUUAACCGCAAUUCCCACAAUCGUUACUGGGACGGCCACACUCCGACUACCAAAGAGGUAGCUGAGUCCCGAGAGUCCUUGCUUUUUGAACUAUCAGCACGAGACUUGGACUACCAGGGAUGUCUCAGAUCUCACCUUCUACAUGAGAUGGCAAGCAUUUUGCCAAAGGGCACGAUACAGCUUGGGAAAGAGUUGCAAGACCUCACAGAUCAUAAGAGUUGCGACAAGGUAACUCUCAGGUUCACCGACGGUACCAUCCAUGGGUUUGAUGGCGUUAUCGGGUGUGACGGAAUCCGAUCGAAAACUCGAGAACUGGUGUUAGGCGAGGAUAAUUUGGCCUCGCAUCCUCAAUUCUCUCACAAGAUUGCUUAUAGAGCCAUCAUCCCCAUCGAAAAUGCUAAGGUUGCUCUUGGCCAUGAGAAAGCGAUGAACCAGUGUAUACACAUGGGCCCUGACGUAGCUGUUGUCACAUAUCCGGUGGCCCAGUGGACAUUAUUCAACAUUGCAAUAUUCGUCCACGAGCCUGCCCCUUGGACUGACAGGAAGAUGACAGCAACGGCCACAAAAGAUGAGGUGAAAUCCUACCUUUCAGAUUGGAGUCCAUCAGUCCGAGACCUAACUGAGGCAUUACCGGAAAAUAUGACCAAAUGGGCUCUGUUCGACACGGCAGACCAUCCCGCACCAACAUACGUCCAGGGCCGUGUUUGCAUCGCUGGCGAUGCCGCACAUGCCAGCACACCAUUCCUAGGUGCCGGUGCCUGUAUGGGUGUCGAAGAUGCCCUCGUUCUGGCUACAGUGUUGGACUUAGCCAUGGAGCACACUGACGAAGAGGGUGUACAUGACAAGGCGAAGUCUAUCUCUGCUGCACUCAGUGCAUACGACUCUGUGCGUCGUGAGAGAUCUCAAUGGCUUGUCCGAGGAUCUCGAGAUAUUGGAGAUUUGUAUCAGUGGAGGAAUCUCUCGACUGGGCGCGAAGUGAACAAGUGCGAGGCUGAGCUUAGAAGACACCAGAAGGAAAUUUGGGAUUUCAACGUCAAUGACAUGGUUGCUGCGGCAGGAUAUACGUUUCUUCAGGCUUUGGACGGAUAG